AUGGCCUCAGCUGCAAAGACCAUCAUCGUCGAGCAUCUCGACCCCGAGCUUGGUCCCUGGUCAGAACUCGAGUACAAGUGCAUCGCCAAGGAGAGCCAUGAGAGAAACAGCGAUUUUAUUCUGUCUUGCUUGCCUGAUGGCUUCAAGGUUCCGGACACGCUAGCCAACAGCCCUGCAUUCAAGGCUGAGCACCGCGGUGUGGAGGAGCUUUAUGCGGACACCAGAAACCGAGUUUGCCUAUUGGAUCCUGCGGCCGCCAAGGACUUGUCUCCCGAGGACGGUGACAACUUUGACGUGUUUCUGUUUGGUGGAAUAUUGGGCGAUGACCCGCCAAGAGAUCGCACCUCUGAACUUAGAAAGAAGGGUUUUGAGGGACGCCGUUUGGGCCCUCAGCAGAUGACCACUGAUACUGCCGUUCGUGUGACGAGAAUCGUGGUUCAAGACAAGGUUGCUCUCGACAAGAUUGAUUACCUCGACUUUCCCGAGCUAAAGUUCAACAAAUAUGAAAGCACAGAGAUGCCGUUUCGAUACGUCAAGGGCUCGGAUGGGGAGCCCAUCAUGCCCGAGGGUAUGAAGGAGCUGAUACAAAGUGAUGCUGAUAAAGCAGUAGAUGAUUUGAUUUAG